CGGGGGCCGGCGGGGUCGGGGGGCUUUGGGGAGCCCCCCACCAUGGACUCGGAUUCCGGGGAGCAGAGCGAGGGGGAGCAGGGCUGCGCCAACUCCCCGCCAGGCCCCGACGUGUUCAACUCCAAGAGCCUGGCCCUGCAGGCCCAGAAGAAAAUCCUGAGCAAGAUGGCAUCCAAGGCCAUGGCCAACCUGCUGGUGGACGACACCAGCAGCGAGAUCUUCGACGAGCUGUACAAGGCGAGCCGGGAGCACACCCGCAGCAAGAAGGAGGCGCACAAGAUCAUGAAGGACCUGAUCAAGGUGGCCGUCAAGAUCGGCGUCCUGUACCGCCACCAGCGCUUCGACGCGGCCGAGCUGAGGACCGUGGACCGCCUGCGCAAGAAGCUGAACCAGACGGCCAUGACGGCCGUCAGCUUCUACGAGGUGGAGUACACCUUCGACCGGGCCGUGCUGUCGGCCCUGCUCCUCGAGUGCAAGGCCCUGGUCCACGAGCUGGCCGCCCGCCACCUGACCCCCCGCUCCCACGGCCGCAUCGGCCGCGUCUUCGACCACUUCGCCGACGUCCACUUCCUCUCGGCCCUCUACCGCCUGGACGGCAGCUGCCGGCCCGGCCUCAAGAGGAUCUGCGAGGGGCUCGGCAAGCUGCUGGACGAGAGGGUCCUCUGAGCGCCCGGGAGGGUGGCCGAGGCCCGGGAGGGACU